CUCCCUCUCGGUGUUUCUGUGAGAAUGCCCGUGUUCUACUGACAGAACUGACACGGGCUCAGCAGGCAUGGAGGCCCGGUUUUGUGAAUGAGGCCCAGUCCAAAUCGGCUUGGCUCCGAUAACUCAAGCCCAGAGAGAUUCGGCGGCGUUGGAGAUUGCACGGGCAACCUACCGCUCCUGAAAGACGGAGAGAGAAGACCGGACGGCCGGAGAAGGACAGACCGACGGCCGCCGCACAAGGAUUGCUUUCCCGCCCUUGUUGACCCCCCCUCCCCCUCUCCCUUUCCCCCCUUUCCCUCCCCCCCAGUCCUCCACCUGCCCCUGGAAGCUCCGCACGGGGGCGGCACCACCCUAACCCUCCCCCAAAAGCCCCUGAUGGAUCAGCGGACCCAGGGAGGGUCCGCCUCUCCGGCCCCGCCCCCUCCCGCCGCCCCUCCCCCGGGGGAGCGGGAGAAGGAGGGAGUGGGCGGGAAGAAGGAAGAGGAGAAGCGAGACAAGGAGAGAGAGGGAGCUCCGCCGGAGGCCGGAGGCGGGGCGGGCGCCGCCGCCGUCGCCGCCGGCGACCAGCAGCAGUUCUCCAUCAAGGAGACCAACUUCUCGGAGGGCAGCGUCAAGCUGAAGAUCGGCCUGCAGGCCAAGCGCAUGAAGAAGCCGCCCAAGAUCCUGGAGAACUACGUGUGCCGGCCCGCCAUCCGGACCUCCGUCAGGCAGGGGCGGGGCGGCGGGCGGGGCUGCCGCGGGGGCGGGGCCACCGGGGCGGGCGGCGGCGGCGCUCACGACGGGGACCGGGACAGGACCGCGGCUCCGAGCCCCGCCCCGAACCCGCCCCCUGCGCUCCCUUCACCCGCCACGGCCCCGGCUCCUCCCCCCCCUCCUCCUGCCCCGCCGAGCCCAUUCGCCGGGAACCCCCCAGGGAAAAGGGGUCCCCCGAAGCUGGCCCGUAAGGCGGAGGCGAAGCUGGAUCCCCCUACAGAGCGGCCCGCUGUCCCUCAUCGACCCGGAACGGACGACGAACUGACCCCGCCUCAAAAGAAGAGCCCCCCUCCGCCGACCGGCGGCCCUCCCUCCUCCGCCCCCGCCCCUCCCCUCCCGGCCCCCUCCACGCAGGGCCCUAAGGAAGCGGGGGGGUCCGACGGAGCGUCCAGGCCCCCCCAGGGCGCGCCCGGCGAGGGUCCGAGGGAGAGAGAGAGGGACCGGGACCGAGGCGCGGCGAGCAGGGGCUCGCCCACCGUCACGGAGAAGCUGGCUCAGCUCAUCGCCAUCUGCCCCCCCUCCAAGUCCGCCAAGGGCAAGGUCCGCAGGAUUCCCUCCUCCUCCGCCUCCUCGAAUGUGAACUCGCCCGCCGCCCCCGCGGUCCCCAGCCCGCCGCGGCCGGACCCGGCCUCGCUCGGCAGAGCGUCGGGUCCCGCCGCCGCCGCCGCCGCCUCGUCCGUCUCCCGGCCGCCCCACCCUCCCGGAGCGGUUUCCCGCCCCCCCGGCCGCCCCCCCGGCUCGCGGAACAAAGACAGCGCGCUGGACAAGCUUUCCGCCCCGUCCAGGAAGGAGGAGGGGGACGGGGACGGGAAGAGAGGCAACGGCGGCGGCGCUAACGGCAACGGUAACCCAGCAACCGCUGCAAACGGCAGCAACGGCAACGGCAACGGCGUCCGGCAACAGCCGCCUGUCGCCUAUCACCCCGCGUCAUCUUCAUCGUCGCUUAAGUUGUCCUCGGACCAGAGGGUUGGCGGCGUGUUGGACGCUCGACGGUGUCCCGCCGCCUCUCUCCCCAGGAGCGGGCCCGCCCACUCGGCCGAGAGCGGCGAGAGAGAGCGCGACGCGGAGAGGGACGGCCCCAGAGACUUGAGCAAGGGCGCCGCGCCGUCGAAACCCGGAAGGCGAGAGGCGGCCGGCAAGGGGGCGACCGCUUCCCCUUCCCGGGGCGAGGGCAGGAAGAGCUCGAGUCCCAAGAGCCGCAGCUCCAGCCGGGACCCCCCGGAGCCCGGCAGGCGGACCUCCUCGCCCGGCGACCCUCCCUUCGCGAGCGCCCCGCCCGCUCCUCGAAAGGUCGACGCGUUCCCCGGGUCGCCCCCGGAGCGGGAGUGCAGGCCCCUGAAGAAGCGAAAGGGGCGGCGCCCGCGGUGGACGCGGGUGGUGAACCGGGCGCAGAGGCCGGCGCCGGCGUGCGCGGCCGAGGACGGGCGGCUCGAGCUGGGCGAGCCUCGCCUGGCCCCGCCCCCUCACAAACCCAGACCGGUGGGGCGUCCGCCCAACCCCAACCGGGUGCCUCCCUCCGUGUCCCAGCUCUUCGCGGCGCCCCCCAGGAAACGGGGUCGCCCUAAGUCCAAGAUGCCCCGGCUGGACGCCCCCCAGCCCGGCCGCGCCGCGCGGCUGCCCCCCUCCAAGGUGUACUCCCUGCUCAAGUCCAAAGAGGAGCAGGACCCCCCCGUCUUGCACCCGGAGGUGGACCUGAACCCUCCGCAGCCCGCGCCCAGGAAGCGGGGGCGACCCAAGCGCCUGCCUCCCAACCUGCCCCAGGAGGCCCAGCCCCCGACCCUGGCCCCGGAGGAGAGGGGGGGCGGCGGGCUGACGGCGGGAGGAGACGGCGGCGCGGAAGCGGACAGGGCCUUCCGCAAGAAGGGCAACGGCCAGCUGAUCAUGAAGACCAUCAUCGGCAAGAUCAACAAGAUGAAGACCCUGAAGCGCAAGCGGCUCCUCAGCCAGAUCCUCCUGGGCCCCGCGUCGGCGGCGGCGGCGGCCGAGUCCUCGCGGGCGGCGGGCGGGGAGGCGGGCGGGGCCGUGGCCGCCGCCGCCGCUAAGCACUCCUUGUCUUCCCUGGCGGCCUCCUUUGGGAGCAAGCUGGGCCCUCAGAUCAACGUCAGCAAGAAAGGGACCAUCUACAUGGGCAAGAGGAGGGGGCGCAAGCCCAAAGCGGCGGCGGCCGGCCCCUGCGCCUCUGCGCCCCUGCCCGAGAGCUUCCCGCCCCCGGCCUCCCACUCGCCCCUCCACCAUCCCCACUCGCAGUCCCAGCAGCACCCUCCCCCGCCGGAGGUGUUUCCCUCGCCCGCGCUCUCCCAGUCCAGCGGCGGGCAGAGCCCCGGCAGCGACGCCGGGUUCGUGGAGCCGGGCGCCGUGCACUUUGCGCCGCACGCCCACUGCAGCCACGCCCACCACGCCCACCACCCCUUCCCGCUCCGCCCCCCGUCCUCGCCGGCCCCCUCCCCGGCCCGCCCCCUUGGCUCCGCCCCCGCCGCCGCCGCCCCUUCCCUGCUCAGGAAGUCCUCGUGCCGGGGCCACCACCACCAUCACUACCGGCACCACUUUCACUAUCGCAAGCUCUCGCCGCCGCCGCCCCUGCUGCCCACCUCCCCCUCCCACCUGAGCGAGCUGAAGGAGGCCACGCCCUCGCCCGUCAGCGAGUCGCACAGCGAGGAGACGGUGCCCAGCGACAGCGGCAUCGGGACGGACAACAACAGCACCUCCGACCGGGGCGAGAAGGGAGGAGGCGGGGGCCUGGGCGGCUUGGGCGGAUUGGGCGGGUUAAGCGGCCUGGGCAUGGCCCACGGAAUGGCGGGGGGAGUCCUGAUGCCCGGGGUCGUGGGGUCGAUGGCGGGGGCGACGGUCGGGGUCGGCCCGCGCGGCCGCCGGAGGCACGCCUCCUCGGCGCUGCUGGACCGCCCCUCCCCCUCGCCCUCCCCCCUGGGCUCCGGGGUGUCCCCGGACCCCCGCCGGACGCCCCCGGCGCCGCCGCCCCCGUCGCUGGUCAGCCACAAGGAGAAGCACAAGCACAAGUGCAAGCGGCGCGGGCACGGCUGCCCCGGCUACGACAAGCUCAAGCGGCAGAAGCGCAAGCGCAAGAAGAAGUACCUGCAGCUGCGCGCCCGCCGCCAGGACCCCGACUUCCUGGCCGAGCUGGAGGACAUGACCGUCCGGCUGAGCGAGAUCCGGAUAGCCCACCGCGGCGCCGCGGCGGGGCUGGGGAGCGCUUUGGGGCGGGGCGGAGGCGGAGGCGGCGGCGGCGGCGCGGGGAGCAGGGGCCCGGGGGCCGGUGGGAGCGGCGUUGGGGGAGCUCACCCUCCGUCCCACCACUACCUGACCAGGGACCUCCUGCCCACCAUCUUCCGGAUCAACUUCAGCGGGUACUACUCGCCGCACCCGGCCUACCCCUGCGACUCGCUGCACUACGUGCGCAAGCCCGACCUGAAGAAGAAGCGCGGCCGGCCGCCCAAGCUGCGCCAGGCCAUGGCCGAGGUGCCCUUCGUCCACGGGCUGGGCUUCCCGCUGUCCGGGGCCGGCUUCUACCACCCCUCCUACGGCGUCCCGUACUCCUCUCCCCCCCUGGGACUGAGCUACUACCGGGGUUACCCCCCGGCGGCCACCCUCUAUCACCACCCCCCGGCCCACCCUGCCCCGCCCCACCCGCACCACUCGCCCUCCUUCCCCCCGCCCCCUCCGCCCUCCUACAUGCACCACCACGCCCCGCACCUCCUGCUCAACCCCGCCAAGUUCCACAAGAAGAAGCACAAGCUCCUGCGGCAGGAGUUUUUGGGCGGGGGCCGGUCCCCCGUGCUGUACCCGGGCGUGGCGCCCGAGCUGUCCUACGGCUGGCUGCACGAACACAAACACAAGCACCGGCACAAGCACCGGGACCGGCGGGGGGAGGAGGGCGGGGCCGAGGCGGGGGGAGGAGGAGCCGGAGGCCCCCCGGGGCUCUCCGGAGGUACGGGUUUGGGAGGCGCGGGAAGAGGCGCCGGGGGCAUGAUGGACUCCCUGCAGCGCUACCGGUACGGUAAAGAUCCCGCCGCCGCCGCCGCCGCCGGCAAUUUGGCGGCCACGCCCCCGGCCAACUCCCCUUCCUCCUCCUCCUCGUCCUCGGCGGAGAGGUACAAGCGCAAGGACGCGCCCUUCCCGUGCCUGGGGCCCGCGUACCUGUCGGCGGCGGGAGGGGGGGGCGCGAGGGGCUACCACCUCCAGGAGUCCUGGCUGAGGAGGGGCGGCCCCGACGCGGACUACGCUGGCUUCUCCAGAAAGACCCGCCCGGGCCAGGACCCGUUCGCGGCGGGCCGCCUGCCGGACCCCGAGGGCUGCUCGGACAGCGAGGAGGAGGAGGAGGAGGAGGAGGAGGAGCCUCUGACGCCCCCGCCCGGUUCGGCGCAGCCGCGCCCCCCUCCCCGGCACACCAACCUGUUCGCCUCCGCCCUGAGCCGGUCCGCCUCCUCCAGGGGCGGCCGGGGCCGGAGGGGCGGGUCCGCGGCGGCAGGCCACGCCCGCGGCUUCGCGGGAUUGGACGGGACACUCAGGAAAGACCGCCCCUCGUCAGCUGAGAGGAGAGAGACAGGCAUGGCGACGGUCCUGGAGACCCGCGGCGGCUCCCACUCUGGCGCCCCCGAAGGCCUGGAGGAGGCAUCGCACCCGCAGUACCAGCAGCUCGGCGCGCACUCUCACCUGCACUACCCCUCCCGCCACGCCUUGCACUGCAGCCACGACGUGCCUGUAGGGGGGGGCCCCGGCCGGGAGAGAGGGGGGGGCGGCGGGGGCGGAGGCAGCCGGCAGCCCAGCCCCUCGGCCCGGCCCUCCCCGGCGUGCUCCCUGGACCCCGCCUCCCGGUCGCCCGGCCCCUCCCCCUCCGCCCGCGCCCGGCAGCCCCCCGCCCCGCACAGGCCCUGCCCCCGGAGCCCCGGGCGGGGGUGCGAGAGGGCCCUGUCCACCAAGCGCAGCCUGGACCACGUCAACAAGAUCCUCCGGGCCAAGAAGCUGCAGAGGCAGGCGCGCGUCGGCAACAACGUGGUGAAGAGGAGGGGCCCCGGCCGGCCCAGGAAGUACCCCCUGCCUUCCCCGCCCCCGUCCCCGCCGUCCCCGCCGACCCCGCCCCCCGCUCCCCCCCGCACCCCGCCGACCCCGCCCCCCCAGCACAGGGAGAGGAGGGGGGGUGGAGACACCGUGCUGGACGCCAUCGAGGCCGUGGUGCAGGGCCAGCACCGGGCCGGACAGAAACGGAAGAGCUGGGAGAGGGGCGGCGGAGAGGAGGAGGAGGAGGAGGAGGAAGAGGAAGAGGAGGAGGAGGAGGACGAAGAGGAGGCGGAGGCGGUGGAGGAGGACGAGCCUGACGAAGAGGAGGAAAGGGUGAACGGGGGGAAGGAGGAGGAGGAGCAGGGCAGGGGAGCAGGCCCUAGGGAGGACGUCAGAAGACUGUGGUUCAGCCAGGACGAGCUGCUGGGUAUUCACAGUGCUCUGGAGGGCAAGCCCAGUGGCCCCGCCUCCCCGGAGCGAUUGGCCCAGUCGCCGACGGAGCAGGCCCCGCCCCUGGCCCUGACCAGCCAACGGGAGAAGAGAGCAGCCCGGCCUCCCAAGAAGAAGUUCCAGAGGGCCGGCUUGUAUUCGGACGUCUACAAGACCGCAGAUCCUCGCAGUCAGCUGCUGCAGCUGAAGAAGGAGAGGUUGGAGUACACACCUGGGGAGCACGAGUACGGCCUCUUCCCCGCUCCCAUUCACGUUGGGAAGUACCUGCGGCAGAAGCGCAUCGACUUCCAGCUGCCCUAUGACAUCCUGUGGCUGUGGAAACACAACCAGCUGUACAAGAAGCCAGACGUCCCGCUGUACAAGAAGAUCCGCUCCAACGUGUACGUGGACGUGAAGCCGCUGUCCGGGUACGAGGCCACCACCUGCAACUGCGAGAGGCCCGAGGAUUCGCACGAGAAGGGCUGCAUCGACGACUGCCUCAACAGGAUGAUCUUCGCGGAGUGCUCGCCCAACACCUGCCCGUGCGGGGAGCGGUGCGACAACCAGCACAUCCAGCGGCACGAGUGGGUGCAGUGCCUGGAGCGCUUCCGCGCCGAGGGCAAGGGCUGGGGCAUCCGCACCAAGGAGCCGCUCCGGUCCGGCCAGUUCAUCAUCGAGUACCUGGGGGAGGUGGUGAGCGAGCAGGAGUUCAGGAAGCGCAUGAUCGAGCAGUACUGCGCUCACAGCGACCACUACUGCCUGAACCUGGACAGCGGCAUGGUGAUCGACAGCUACCGCAUGGGCAACGAGGCGCGCUUCAUCAACCACAGCUGCGCGCCCAACUGCGAGAUGCAGAAGUGGUCAGUGAACGGCGUGUACCGCAUCGGCCUGUUCGCCCUGACGGACAUGAGCAGCGGCACGGAGCUCACCUACGACUACAACUUCCACUCCUUCAACAUGGAGGAGCAGCAAGUGUGUAAGUGCGGCUCGGAGAGUUGCCGGGGCAUCAUCGGUGGGCGGAGCCAGCGGGUCAACGGGCUCCCUGGGAAGGGGGGCGGAGCCGCGGGCGGGGCCAGGAGGCCGGGCCGGCUGAAGGAGAAGCGCAAGUCCAGGCACCAGCUGAAGAAGCGGGAGGAGGAGUCCAGCGACAGCAGCAGGUUUUACCCCCACCUGCACAUGAAGCCCAUGUCCCACAGAGAGAGGAACUUCGUGCUGAAGCACAGCGUGUUCCUGGUGCGCAACCUGGAGCGGAUGAGGGAGAAGCAGGAGCAGCUGCGGAGGGAGGGAGAGAGGGAGCGCGAGAGGGAGAGGGACAAGGAGGGCGGCGGCCUCUCGCUCUACACGCGCUGGGGCGGAGUCAUCCGGGACGACGGCAACAUCAAAUCGGACGUGUUCCUGACGCAGUUCUCGGCGCUGCAGACCUCGCGCUCGGUGCGCACGCGGAGGCUGGCGGCGGCCGAGGAGAACAUGGAGGUCACGCGCACCGCCCGCCUCGCCCACAUCUUCAAGGAGAUCUGCGACAUGAUCAUCAGCUACAAGGACUCAGCCAAUCAGCCCCUCGCUGCUCCCCUGCUCACACUGCCUUCCAGGAAACGAAACGUGCAGUACUACGAGAAGGUGUCGGACCCGCUGGACCUGAGCACCAUCGAGAAGCAGAUCCUCACCGGCCACUACAAGACCGUGGAGGCCUUCGACACCGACAUGCUCAAAGUCUUCCGCAACGCUGAGAAGUUCUACGGCCGCAAGUCUUCCGUGGGGCGGGACGUGUGCCGCCUGCGCAAGGCCUACUACGGGGCGCGGCACGAGGCCGCCGUCCAGAUCGACGAGAUCGUGGGCGAGACCGCCAGCGAGGCCGACAGCUCCGACUCGCUGGAGCGGGACCACGCCCACCACCCCGCCGGGGGCGGCGCCGGCCCCCACGACAAGGACGACGACGUCAUCCGCUGCAUCUGCGGCAUGUACAAGGACGAGGGGCUGAUGAUCCAGUGCGAGAAGUGCAUGGCGUGGCAGCACUGUGACUGCAUGCGGGUGCAGGCGGACGUGGAGCACUACCUGUGCGAGCAGUGUGACCCCCGCCCCGUGGACAGGCCACGGCUCGCGUUAGCGCUCCUGCUACACCAGGGGGACUCGGUGUACCUGAUGCGGGACAGUCGGCGCACCCCAGACGGCCAGCCUGUCAGGCAGUCCUACCGCCUCCUAUCCCACGUCAACAGGGAGAAACUGGACAUCUUCCGCAUCGAGAAACUCUGGAAGAACGAGAAGGGCGAGCGGUUUGCGUUCGGCCAUCACUACUUCCGCCCCCACGAGACCCACCACUCCCCGUCCCGCCGCUUCUACCACAACGAGCUGUUCCGCGUGCCGCUCUACGAGAUCAUCCCGCUGGAGGCCGUGGUGGGAAUGUGCUGCGUCCUCGACCUCUACACCUACUGCAAGGGCCGGCCGAAGGGCGUGCGAGAGCAGGACGUGUACAUCUGCGACUACCGCCUGGACAAGUCCGCGCACCUCUUCUACAAGAUCCACCGCAACCGCUACCCCAUCUGCACCAAGCCCUACGCCUUCAACCACUUCCCCAAGAGGCUGGCCCCCAAGAGGGACUUCUCUCCUCACUACGUCCCAGACAACUACAAGCGGAACGGGGGCCGUUCGGCCUGGAAGAGCGAGCGGCCCAAGCUGGCGUGCAAGGAGGGCGGGGCCGCCUGCGUGGGCGCGGCCGGCUGCGAGGACGGCUCCUCCCCCGGGGACGCGGUGCCGUGCGACGGGGGCGGAGCCUCCCGACCCGACGGCGAGGAGGCGGCGGCGGCGGCGGCGGCGAGGGAGGGGGACUCGGAUCUCCCCUCCAGGGAAACCCCGCCCCCGGCCGUCCCCGCCCACCCGACCCCGCCCCCUCUCCCCCAGCCCCCGGCGGAGCGGGAGGCGGCGGAGGAGGAGGACGAGGAGGAGGAGGAGCGGGGGGAGCCGGAGGAAGGGUCGGCGGAGCGGGGGGAGGCGCUGGAGCCCCCCUCGCCCUCCCUGCUGCACUCGGAGGUGGAGAAGAGGGAGGCGCAGAGGGAGCGACUCAACAAGAUCCUCCUCAACCUCCUGCACAGAACCCCCAGCAAGAACGUGAUCGACGUGACCUACCUCCUGGAGGAGGGGUCCGGACGGAGGCUGCGCAGACGGACGCUGGGUUUGGGAGAUUUCUGCAGGAAGUGACGUCACCGGGCGCACCCGGCAGAGGCGCACGCCCCUUCGGGAAGCGAUGGGGGAGGGGGCGAGAGGAAGUGAAAGGAAGGGGCGGAGGUCGUGCGAUGGAGAGAGGGACAAGGGGGGGUGUUAACUUCCUUUCCUCCGAGCCCCACCCCUCCCACGUCUGUCCCCCUCUCCCAUCCCUCCUUCCGCAGAGGGACAGACAGGAGGACACAGCGUGGACUAGAAGGACCGCACACGCGAGCGAAAGAGGCGUGUGUGCGGGAGCCGGGGGAUUGGGUGGGGAGGGGGAGGGUGGCACGGACAGGAAGUGAUGCGUGGUGGAGGAGGAGGAAGUAGCCACGCCUCACCAGGAAGCGCUGGCCCCAGGGAAGGACAGUGAAACCUGGAAACGGAGAGGACUUUCAGACGCACCGCGACGGCGGUUCCGGGAGUACGGGUGGGCGGGGCCCGGCCGGAGGGCGACAGCGCCCCACGGUGGCCAGCGAGAGCCGAAGGAGGGAGAGGCAGGCGGAGACGGGCGGGGGCGUGCGGCACGGGGCCCCGCCCCCAAGCACAUGUAUACUGUAGCCGAGACGGCGGACCGCGACGGUCGCUCUCUCUGGGGUGGUGACAUCAUAGAUGUAACGUACGCAUCACCGAAGCCAGAUUAAAACGGGCGGUGCGUCCGGAUCGGUCCGCCCGAGCGUCCCGUCCAGGGGUCGUCUUUUAAGUGCCAGCUCCGCUCGACGAGAAACGCGAAUCGAGUCGGGCGACAGAGAGAGAGAGAGAGAGCGAGAGAAAGCGUCGAUGCUCUCUGUCGAGCCUUAGGACACUCGUGUCCAGACUGGUUUGUGUGCGCUUGCGAAUUCCCAGAAUUCCUCUAAAACUUAAGGGCUUGACAGCAAACAUAACCGUUAAUGGAAAAAGCAUUAAACAAACUCUUAUGUUGAACAGAACAUAACACGUGACCCAGUGCUCAUACUUCCUGUGUAUUUGGGGGUGGGGGUGGGGGUGGGGGGGGGGCGGUUGGGGUUGAGGUUUGGGGGGGGGGUGUUAGAGUUGCCCUUUGUUGAUCUCUCGCAGUUUCUUUGAUUAUUGUGUUUCUGGUUGCCAUAGAGAAUGUUUUCGAAUAUCGUGAUGAAAUUUUUACCUGUACGAACUGAGACGGGACAGCGACCCACGAGACGAGCUAGGGCACCCCCAAGCAUGGACACCCUGAGAAAUCUGACAUUUAAGAAGCUGUACAGUGCCAAGUUGUAUAUAGACUGGAAACCCACGUGAGCAGUCUCAAAAAAGCAAUAUCCUGAUUAUGUAUUGUAUAGGACCCAGCCCGGCGUGUAUUAAAUAUUAAUAUUGUUAUAAUUAUUACUGUCGAUAUACAUAAGCUUGGAAAUGCGUCUGUUGGGACGAACGGGGACGUUCGGCAGUGAAUGACUGUAGACAUCCGAAUACAUUUAUAUUAAUGUAUAUGAUAACUGAGGCUCGGUCCUGAGAGAGAGAGAGAGAGAGAGAGAGACUGGAAGAGAACAUUCAGAGUGACUUCUUUAAAGAUCUUGGGACAAAGCCGUGACAAGUACGCUUCGGUUAUUGUCACUGUAAUAAUGAUUAUUACUAUUGAGAACCGAAGAGUUCUCAGCUUUGCUGCAGUGUUGAACACUAAAAAAAAAUAAAUAAUAAAUAAACAUGAAAUGUGAUAUUUUCCAAGAUGACGGAGAAAGAAAACGAAACAAAAACAGACUCAGCUGCAUACAUCAUGUUCCUGAUCGCGGUCGUUCUUUUUUUAACGGGGGGGGGAAAGUUCCAAUUUUUUGGUGAAAUCAGUUGUACAUGCAAUGCUUGUAUUUCCGUGCGUUUUUGUGCAAUUUGUUUUUGUUGUUUUUUUUAGACAAUCACAAGUUGCUAACAUUUGUAAAUGGACAGACUGGCAGACUGUGUGUGGUUGUACCUUUCGUCCAGUUCAGUUUGACCUCUGGCUCAAAGUUUGUAAUUAUGAUUCUACAGUUUCGACAGUGCGGUUUGUUUUUACUUUGUUUUUGUUUUAUAUUUUUUUUAAAUAAAAAGCACUACAUUAUUUCCGAUAGAAGAUUUUAUUAUUGUCCUGACAAAUACGAUUGUGGUUAUAAGAAUUAUUUAUCUUGUUUGCUUGAAAGCAAAAUGUGGCUGACAUUUUUUUGUCAAUACUUUACUUUUAGAAAAAAGAAAAUAAAUGCAAACAAAGCAACAAAAAAAAAGAAUCUUAUCGGCCAGUAAUUUUUUGGAUUUUGAUCUUUGUAAAAAAAAAAAGAAAAAAAAGAAAUUAAAAUACUGUUGAAAAACUAAA